ACCACCUUCACCCUGAGUUACAGAGCGAGUCACUCGCGCAUCUCCUACACAUCCGCACCUAUAAAUUCACACAACUUCCCCACUCACUUCAAACCAUCCAUCUCUCUCUCUCUCUCGUUUUUCCCCGUAUCUCUACAGAUCCCGAUCAAAGAAAGAGAUGGAAACCUUCCUAUUCACAUCAGAAUCCGUGAACGAAGGCCACCCAGACAAGCUAUGUGAUCAAGUCUCAGACGCCAUUCUAGACGCAUGUCUAGAACAAGACCCCGAAAGCAAAGUCGCCUGUGAAACCUGCACCAAAACCAACAUGGUCAUGGUCUUCGGUGAAAUCACAACCAAAGCCAAAGUCGACUACGAGAAAAUUGUCCGUAAAACCUGCAAAGAAAUCGGAUUCACAUCUCCCGAAGUCGGACUCGAUGCUGACAACUGCAAAGUCCUAGUCAACAUCGAGCAACAAAGCCCCGACAUAGCUCAAGGCGUCCAUGGCCACCUCAGCAAGAAACCAGAAGAAAUCGGUGCUGGUGAUCAAGGACACAUGUUUGGGUACGCUACAGAUGAAACCCCUGAGCUCAUGCCACUCACCCAUGUCCUCGCAACCAAACUAGGAGCUAAAUUAACCGAAGUCAGAAAGAACAAAACCUGUUCAUGGCUACGCCCCGAUGGAAAAACACAGGUAACAGUUGAAUAUAAAAACGAUAAUGGCGCCAUGGUUCCAAUUAGGGUUCAUACAGUGCUUAUAUCCACCCAACAUGACGAAACUGUAACAAACGACCAAAUCGCUAAAGAUCUUAAAGAACACGUGAUUAAACCGGUGAUCCCAUCUAAAUACCUUGACGAAAAAACCAUCUUUCAUCUGAACCCGUCUGGGCGGUUUGUGAUUGGUGGUCCCCACGGUGAUGCGGGGCUCACUGGCCGGAAAAUUAUCAUUGAUACUUACGGUGGGUGGGGAGCCCACGGUGGUGGUGCUUUCUCCGGGAAGGAUCCGACGAAGGUUGACCGGAGUGGGGCUUAUAUUGUGAGGCAAGCGGCCAAGAGUGUGGUGGCUUCGGGACUUGCACGGCGGUGUAUUGUUCAGGUUUCUUAUGCGAUUGGGGUGGCUGAGCCGUUGUCUGUGUUUGUUGACACGUAUAAAACUGGGAAGAUUCCGGAUAAAGAUAUUCUUGUUUUGAUUAAGGAGAAUUUUGAUUUUAGGCCAGGGAUGAUGUCGAUUAAUCUUGAUUUGAAAAGGGGUGGGAAUUUUAGGUAUCAGAAGACUGCGGCUUAUGGCCAUUUCGGUCGCGAAGAUCCUGAUUUUACCUGGGAGACUCCGAAGGUUCUUAAGCCGAAGGCGUGAGUGGUGAGUAAAUGAGUAUACUGGGAGAUUGAUGGAAUGACACUUUUGCCCUUGGAGUGGAAAUGGGGAAUAAAGAUAUAGAGUUUGAAGUUGGAGGAGGGCAGUGGAAUAUUACAAAACUUCGAUUGUUUUUGUCAAAUGUUGUGCUUCGUCAUUACAAUUCGUUGUCUUUUGUUAUGUUUUUACUUGUGUUUUUUUGUGAUGUAUACUUGUCAUUGGAAUAGAAAAUUUCUAAAAAAAAUUAUGAAGUUA